AAAUAUAUUUGGCAUGAAGAUAAUAAACUAAAUCAAAGUGAGAAAAAAGAGAAACCUAGCUGGGCGGGGGCAAGGUUAUUUCCUAUUCCUUAUCUAUUACUCAAACUGAGCUUAACUGAACUAAUCUAAAAGUGCUUCUGGACCGUUGUAAUACUCAUGCUCUUAUUUUCUUCAUAUUUUGCUGUGUUCAUGGUGUUUCAGGGCACAGCGUGCAGAUGAAGUCGGGACUUUAUAAAAAGGUAGCAGCCAGGUGCCAGACUGUAAGCAGCAUGCAGCUAAGAGGAAGCAACUAAAAUUGCAGACACAGAACUGAAAAGGGAAAUAAAUCCGGAAAUAAAGCAAACAGCUCCUAAAUAUAGUUUAAUUUUAAGGGGUAACUCCUCAGAUUUUAACCUGACUCCUAUGGUUUAGUGUGGGGAGUAUAUGUAUAUGAAUGACAUUAAAAUCCUUAAAAUAAAGUCUCUGCUUACAGCUACUAUAAAAAAUAAAACAAAGUGUCAUCUUGUGGAACCUGUUUUGGACUACAAGUUGUACUUCCUCCUUUUUUGUAGGCCCACCUUUUAGGACAGUCAAAGUCUCCAACUCUGGGACUUCUUCCUGUUAGAUAGGGAGCAGCUGACACCAAGAUACCAGAAAACUACCUUUACGAUUUAAUGUUGGGAUCAGACAAUCAGCUGACGCCAAAUGAAGCCAAAUAUAAAGCUGUGGCAUCAGAGGCAGCAGUGUAUGGAGGAGGAAGCAGUUGCCACAGCAGUCACACGGCAGGGGUCCACUGGAAAGGUAUUUCCAGCCCUUCCAGUUGUGUCUCGGGGCGAUGGUGGUCACCGUGUUAUUCCUGGGCUUUGUUUGGGUUGCAGAGAACCAAGCUCCCGUUCGUCGCUUCCGCAGAAACCACCCAUCAAUCUCUGUGUUUGCCAUACUUUCUGCAAGUUACCUCUUCAUAUCAGUGCUGGGAAGUGUGGCUGUGUUCCUGUUUGGGAUAGCCUUCCCUGUACUGUUGGUUCUGGUCCAUGCAUCGGUAAGGCUGCGCAGCCUGAAGAACAAGCUGGAGAACAAACUGGAGAGCAUUGGUCUGAAGAGGACACCCAUGGGACUCCUGUUAGAGGCCCUUGGACAGGAACAGGAGGCUGGAUCCUAGAGAGAAAGAGGAGAUGUGCAGGGGUGGGGGAUCAUUUGGGUGCCAUCUGAGGUAAAUGACAAGAGAAAUGGAGGUGAAGUGGGUGUGAAAUGGUGGGGAGAAGGAGGGAAUUGCUGCAGGGAUAAAGGAAGAGUCAGGAACACAAUGGCAGGUUUGGUUUGUUAAAAUGAAUUAAUUGGAAGUCUACAAUGAAGGAAGAGACCUCGUCUGUGGUCCAGUGGUGAUAGAACAGAUGUAAAGCAUUGAAAUCAUCAUAACAAACAAAUGAAGGAAUCAUCCCUGUUCUGAUUUUGCACUUUAAGCACACAUUGUUUUCUUUGUACAAGAUACAUUUCUGUGUUCACACUACACACUGUCAGUGUGCAGUAGCCAUGUGGCCGUAUUUGCUUGAGCCAUGAUAUGGUAGAUUUAUUGUGUAUCUACACAUUGGCUUGUACUCCUUUUGUGUCUUGGUGAUGCGUACUGACGCAUUGUUAUCUAAACAUUGAUCUGCACUCCAUCUCAAUGCCUGUGGAGCGUUGGUGUAAAUAACAUUCUAAUUAUGCAAAAAAAAGGUCAAAAGAUUUUGAAAAUACUUGUAAUUUUGCCAAUAAAUACAGCAUUAUUUUGUAAUGUUUUUACUUUUUAUGUUAAAAUGCAAUUUAAUUCUUGAACUAUUAUUAGCCUACCUUUUUUUUCUGAAAAUUACAACUCUACUCUAAAAGCAUUGUAUUGUGGAAGUUUGCCUUUAUUCUCACAAUACAAUUAGUUUUUCCCAUCAAAAUUACAACUUUAUUUUCGUAACAUUACAGCACUUUUCUCAUAGGAAUUUGACAAGACCCUCGGAGGGCCUCCAUACACUCCAUAUGCACAACAGGACAUCCCCAGUAUUGAUACUGUACCAUGGAUGUGGUAGUUGUUGUAGUAGUAAUAAGCUUUUUCAUUCUCUCAUUAUAAUAGGCGUAAAGAGAAACACAACAUAUGGAACCACCAACCCAAUCACCAGAAAAAAUGUUGGCAUUGUACUGUCUGCAAACCACUUUCUGAAUACGUUACAUUUGCAUGUUAUUGUGUCGCGGAUACGUUGAAAUUUUUCAUUUGAACAAUGCUGGGGUUUAUAUGUGGAUAGGUUUAGGCACAAAAAACACUUAUGGUUAGGAAGACAUCUUGUCUUGGCUUAAAAUACCGACCUUUUCCUGCUGUAAAAGCUGCAAUGUCUCUAAAAAAAAAAAAAAA